AUGCCUCAAGGAUCCUGGGACGACGAACGGCACCGAAAGCUUCUACUUGCCAUUCUUGCGGACCAGCCCAGGCUUGACUUCGAGAGUAUCUCGAAGAACAUGGGUGAUGGAACCAAGGCUGCUUCUAUCCGCGAGCAUAUCCGCCAACUGAAAAUUCGCGUGGAGUCUGCCAAAAAUACCCCUGGCUCCUCCCCCGCGAAGAAGGAGAAGCCCACCAAGCCCAAGGUGACACGCGCCAAAGCCGACAAGGCCCAAUCCGGGGCUAAGCGCCGACGCACUUCCUCAGACAUUGCUGCCCUUGGCUGGGGCUACUUGAGCGACGAUGUGGACGUCGAAUACUCUGAGGCGGGGACUCCAAGCAAGGAGUCGAAGAUCAAGAAUGAGCCUGUGGACGACACCCAGCUCAACGACCAGCCUGAGUUUGAGUAG